CAGACCAUAUUUCAGACAAAGAUGUACUAAAGUCAUUGCACUAUAAUGUUUCGAAGAAAAUUAAAAACGAUGUUUUAAUUUGUUUAAAGUUUCAGUGUUUUUCAGAGCUUGUGGGGAUAAUAUGUCCUUAACUAAGCUCUUAAAAGCACCUAUAAAAUUGUUCAGGAAGGACAUAAUAACCUUCGUAAUAAUUCGGAGAUAUGACUUGGGAAUUAUAGAAGAAAAACUUCGGUACAUAGCCGUGAAGCCCUCUUCGUCGAUAUCUGUUCUGCGUCACAAAGUAUGGAUCCUGUUGGACUUGCCCGAUUAUUGUGAAGAAGUGAUCGUUCUAAAAUCACCCAACGAUGUGGAAGUGCCGCUUACUGACCUACGGAAAGGGAACGAUCCGCAGCACCCGUAUGUUUUAGAAGUAUGGCUGCCUUCUAAUAGGAUGCAGUCCACAACAACAGUACAUAAUAAUAUGCUAACUAUGGGCGACAUGGUAAAUCACACGCUGAGUAAAAUAAACACCGACAACGUUGCUGAAGAACCAAGCAAAUCCAAAUUCAACUCUAUUGCUUUACCAACAAUGGAAGAAAUAAACGAAACACUAGAAAUAAAUAAACACCUUACUGAAACUCAACGAAUAAAUUUAAGUUAUGAAAAUUUCAAAAAAUCUGAUGUCUCAUGUAGGAUUUCAAGCACCUCCUUGUUCAAACUCAACGGAAGGAAGAGCCGAGACAACUUUAUUAACGUGUUGUUAAAAAUUCAAAGUGAUUUGUGUACUUUAAGCAACAAGCUAUCGCACCUGGAAACGCGAAUACCAAAUUAAAUAGUAUUUUGUUUGAUUAAUAAAGGGUUUGGUUUGGACACUACU